AACGUGCUGCUAUGGACCCAUCUAUAGUCAAGUUUCUUGAAGAUGAUGAGGAGCAGAUGUUGAAGUGUUUCAAGCUGCAUUAAAUAGAGACAUAGGCGGAGAUGCUUCUAAUUCUUAGCUUUCUGAUUCAGAUCCAGGUAUCCUUCAAUUUACACUAUAUCUAAGCUCUGCAUACCAUAUUUGUAAAUUGGCAUAAAUUCCUAUGCAUCAGUGAACUCCACUCCCUUUGCCUUUUUGUAUUAAGAUUGGUAGAAAUACAUCCUAUGUCAUUUUAAAGGACAAACGAGACAAUAAGCAGACAAAAUGAAAACUAGUAUAUCAUUAUGAAUUUCAAAAUAAUGCAUGAUAUAAAUUAGCAAACAACAUAGUGUGAAGAGUAAACCGACCUAUUCAACUAUGGACGUUGGUGCUAAAAAAUCUCAGGAACAUGAUGUUUGAGUAGUGCAACCAAAUCAAUUACCAUCAUCAGGUUCUAAUUCUUUCAGUCAAGAAACUGAAAGAUCCUCAGUUCACAUGCAUGGCCUUAAUAAGCAGCAACAACAACAUAUACAUUUCCCAUCGUCAUAUGGAAGCAGUGGUGGUAACUACUAACUAUAACCAUUUUUCCGGGACAACUACUAGUUCAUCAUCUCUCAGACCCCAACCUCAUCCUCAUGAUUCACACAUAAGGCAAAUUGCACAUCAGAAUAUUGGUUUAAAUCACUUGGGUGUAGAACGACAAAGUUCUUUCACUGAUCCUAAGAGAAUGCCAGGUGGAUCUGUGUCGACUGGUGUAAACAAUACAGCACCACAUCAAACUUCAACUUCUUGGCAACCUUCAGCAGAACAAAAUUCUGGCUUGUUUUCAUCUGUUUCAUAUGUAAAAAAGGAACCUAACGACCUUUCUUUUCAGCAGCAACAUAGGAAUCAUUUAUCUAAAUUGCAUGGGUUGCCUUCUGUUAAUUCUGGUCAAACUAAACGGGGCAGUGGUGUCAAUCAAGGCACUGUGAAGGAUGAGUUUUCAAGAGGUUCUUUAGCACUCACUGGCAUGCCACACCCAACAUCUGCUAGCUUGCCCACAUCAAGCCCUGCAUCUCAACUAGAUCCAACUGUCUCUUUAAGCUCUCAGAUCCCAGCUAGCACUUCUGGUAUGGGGUCAAAGACACCUCUAAAAAGACCUCUUGGCCAGAAGAAACCACUUGAAACACUUGGUUCUUCACCUCCUCCUCCAAGUAAGAAACAAAAGGUGUCUGGGUCAUCUCUGGAACAAAGCAUUGAACAGCUUAAUGAUGUUAAAGCUGUUACUGGUGUUGAUCUUAGGGAGGAGGAAGAACAGUUAUUUUCUGGGUCCAAAGAGGACAGUCGAGUUUCAGAAGCAUCUCGAAGAGUUGUGCAAGAAGAGGAAGAAAGUCUGAUUUUGCUGAAAGCUCCAUUGCAGAGAAAAUUGAUUGAAAUUAUGACUGAGUGUGGCUUGAAAGGCAUGGGUAAUGAUGUGGAAAAAUGCUUGUCACUGUGUGUGGAAGAGCGAAUGCGCGGGAGUAAUAAGUAACAUAGUCAGAAUGUCAAAACAGGUGAACAAGGAAGUAGAUGACAAAAUGAGGACAAAUGUUGCAGCCCGAGCUGCUGUUGGGGGAGAUGACAUGCUGUCGAAGUGGCAACUUAUGGCUGAGCAAGCCAGGCAGAAACGUGAAGGGGGAACUGACUCU